GAAAUCCGAAAUCCACACGGUUUUUGUAAAGCCCUUUCGGAGCAAAGGUACGUCCACGGAGUGGCAAGACUUUUCUGCUAAAUUUCAGCAAGAUCUGUCGACUGAACCAUGGGGAAGAGAGAUACAAGAGUUGCGUUUGUAAACCCGAUAGCUGCAGCCAGAGCAUCAGGGCCUCGACCCCAAGCUGGUCCCUCAAUCCAGGAAUACUUGAGUCGCCCAAGACCAACCUGGGAAGAAUGGCAGGAGGAACAGAAGAGAAGAGAAGCAAAAUCCAGCAGUUUGGCCUUUUGGGAAGACAAGAUCAAUAUAAAAUUCAGAGAAGACUUGAGGAAGACUAGAGAGAAGCAGCUGGGAUCAUCAAGCAAAGAUAAAAAGGAAAAGAAAUCCUCAAAGAAGAAGAAAAAGAAACGAGAGAGGUCUCCAUCCUCAUCCUCAUCAUCUUACCAAUCUUCUGAUGACAGUGAUUCUGAGUCUGAAAGAGAACAGAGGAAGAGACGAAAGAAGAACAAAAAGGAGAAGAAGAAGAGAAAGCGGAGACACAGCAGCGAUGACAGCAGUGACGAAGACAGAAGACCGUCGAAAUCUAGAGAGGGGAAGAAGUCGAAGCACAAGAAGCAUCGUAAAUCAAAGAAAAGGAAAGAAAGAAGUGCCUCCCAUUCAGAUUGAUUCUUAAUUCAUCUAGAUGUAUGAUGCUGCCUUUCUUUGCUAAACAACAUAUUAAUGUAAAAUGGGCGAUCCAACCUUUGUAAAUGGAUUAUUUUUGUGAAAGCAGAAAAAUGAGAGAAACAGAAUGGCAAACGUUUGAAAUAAAUUAGGAAAAACAAUAACAAAAGUUAUGAAUGAAUGACAUGUGAGGUCACUAAAUGGGUCUUCCCUAAAGAAAAUUUCCUCCUGAGCGAUACAUUUCGAAAGUUGAAGUUUUAUGUAUAUUGAUUACAACUUUCAAAAAUUCAUACCUUUCUCAUUGUUUGUGUGAUUUUUUUCUUAUUUUCGCCAAUCUGCUUCUCUGAUUUUUCUGUUUUCUUUUAGAUCAAUUUGCUUUCAUGGUUGGAAUACAGUUCCAGUCCGAUACUAUGUUGUAUUUUUUGUGAAAUUAUGUAAAUAUGGUUAUCAAUAUAAGAAACAUGUAUGAAUGAAUAAGUUGUAAAAAGCAACUUCAAUGUACAUUUAAAAAGCACUAUUUUCUCCGAAGAGUGGUAUACUGCAAUUGCUGCACACAGAUUAAAGGUUGCUGUCAAGAGUAUGACAUGGUGUAAUUGCUUUUCUUAUUUCAUCAAAUUAAUUUAUCAUAUUGAGGUCACUCAGUUUGUUUCCUUUUUCUUUUUUGGUUAUUUUGUGUAAAGCUUUCUUCUCUGCUAGUCUUGAGUUAUGGAUGUUUUAGUGCAGUUACAUGCACUCUUUAACCUGUCUCGCAAUAGUAUUGCAACUGUGUACAUAAAUUCUAGCUUUUUUAUUUUUUAUUUUUUAUGGGGCUGGUUCUCUUAUAGAUGUGAUGUUGGAAAGAGGAAUGUAAUGUUAUGGAAUGUAAUGGACUAAGAACUGCUUAUUAUCUUCAGAAAUUUAUGGACUGAGAGCUGCUCAUUAUCUUCAGAAAGUUAUGGACUGAGAGCUGCUCAUUAUCUUCAGAAAAUUAUGAGGUGGAGGAGUGGGAAUAUUCGUCGCAAGUAGGCUUUUCAAUUUCCCGUAAUUGCUUUUCAUCUACAAGUCUAAUGAAUUUAUUUAUUUUACAGCAUGAAUAUCAUGAAAAACAGAAGAAUUGAGUUGCAUCCUCAUACAUAAAUCUUAAGGUACAGGGUUGAAGUUGUGCAUUUAUUAGCCAAUGUCUCCAACAAAAUUCAGUAUUUUCUUUUCCAACCAUGUGACAAGUUCUGACCUUGAUCAUUUUCAUCAACAUUAUUUCGCAUGAUAUGAGCCACCCUGAAUACUAAAGGUCCUCGGACAAUGUAUUGUGAGUUGAAGACAAUUUGCAAAAUACAGCUGUAUUAGUCAAAGAUUAGAGAAGCCUUGAAAGGCAAAUACUGCAAAGAAGUAUUAACGGACAUUAAUUAAAUUUCCUUAUGCCAUACGUCAGAGGACACUUGUGUAACUUUUGUGCUGUUAUUGAAUUUUUAUGAAUGUAUAUUUUAAACAGUGUAUUGAGUUUUGAAUUAUUCCAUUGAAUUUAAUGUAAAUUGAAGUCUUUUUUUAUUUAUUCCCUUUAAGGUUUCACUUUCACUGUAUUUCACAUUGGUUUAAAAUGAUGAAAUCAUACAUGUAUUCUGUUAAUGUCAGAGUCUGAGCUUGAAUAAUUCUUUUUUUUAAUUAGCAUUAACAACUAGUAGUUUGUACAAGCAAUACGCAUUGUGUUAUUUAAUUUCAAAGUUUGACAUUUCAUGGUAGUUUUCAUAGUCCUGAUAGAUAGUUAUUAUUCUGUUGGUCAAAAUGGUCAACAAUUAUUGAUUUUACUUCAUAUUUUCUAGUGAGAGACUGAUAAAGUGAAUUUUGAAUAUUAAUGAGCUCGGUCAGUUGCCUUCUUGAAGUAAAACAAAAUGUAAAUAUAAAAGAAAAAGAAAUAUAAAAAAUAUACUGGGCAGUAUGAUUUUGUACUAUUUUACUCAGUCUAGACAAAUGGAUCUUAAGUGUAAUGCAUUCGGGCUUUGUAAGAGAACGAACUGAUAUGUUUUAAAAUGAUUCAUUUGAUAAUUGAUUUUGUUAAUAUAUUUUCUCUUCCUUUCUAGAGUGGUAUUCUUUCUUUUGCAAUCAUGUAUAAAAUGAUGGAUAUUUGCUUGUACUCAAUACAUGGAUAUUAUUAUGUUGUUGCAUGAUAUGAAUAUGCGAUUUUGUAAAUAAAGUGAAUUGCUAAAUGGAUUUGGAAUAUUGGAAAU